AUGUCCUCUGACCAACCACGACGAGACUUGAUUUUGGCGGCUAAUGCAGGCUCUUCGUCGCUCAAAAUCACACUCUUCACGACGCUCGACCCCGAGGUCGCGAAGGAACGCGGCCGCUCUGUCGAAUUUGUUCUGAACUGCUCUAUCAGCUCGAUUAUGUCUCCGCCUGUUAAGGCGGUAUUCAAGAGUAGGAGCUCGUUUGAUGACAAGGCGAAUAAGAAGGAGCAGGAUCCAGGGCUGGGACAAGAGGGGGAUGGGAGAGACAAAGUGAAAGACCAUGAAACGGCUUUCCAAUGGUUCUUGGGGUGCUUGAAGGAGGUGGCGUCGAUUGAUAAGGAGAGGAUUGGAUGGGUGUGCCAUCGGGUUGUGCAUGGUGGGGAUUAUCACGACCCGGUCGUCAUCACGGAGGAGUCGUAUCAUGAUAUCGAACAUCUGUCGGAUUUGGCGCCUUUGCAUAACGGGGCUGCUCUCUCUGUGAUCCAAGCCUGUAUCAAGGCUUUGCCCAAUGCAAAGUCUAUUGCGUACUUUGACACCACGUUCCAUCGACCCAUCCCACCACAUAUCGCGAGUUACGCGAUCAAACAGGAGGUGGCGGAGAAGAGAGGAUUGAAGAAAUAUGGAUUCCACGGGCUGAGCUACUCGUAUAUCCUUCGAGCUGUGGCGAAGCAUCUAGGCAAGCCUCCCGAAGAGCUCAACCUCAUCGCUCUGCACUUGGGCUCUGGAGCCUCAGCUUGUGCUAUAAAGAACGGUGAAUCUCUGGACACGUCGAUGGGUCUAACACCUUUGAGCGGUCUGCCCGGUGCAACGCGUUCAGGCGCCAUCGACCCAAGCUUGAUCUUCCAUUAUACCAAUCGCGCAGGGAGGAUCACGCAUGAUCCUAAAUCUGCUGCGCAUGUCGGGGUGUCGUUGGCGGAGGAAAUCCUCAACAAAGACUCUGGGUGGAAAGCCAUGACAGGUACCACCGAUUUUGCCACCAUUUCCUCCAAAGCGGAGUUGUCCAAUCCCGAUCCGACGAUUUCCUCGAGGAACCCGAACAGACUGGCAUUCGAUCUGUUCGUAGACGCCAUACUCAAUUGCAUCGGUUCGUAUCAUUUGAAGUUGGAAGGACAAGUGGACGCGUUGGUGUUUGCUGGUGGGAUUGGUGAGAGGAGUGUGGAGUUGCGGGAGGUGGUUGGGAGGAGGGUGAGGUGUUUGGGGUAUCAACGGUUGGAUGGGGAGAGGAAUGGGAGUGCGGAUGGGAGUGUGGAAGUCGUGCAGGUUUCGGAGGAGGGGAGUGAAAUCUCGCUUGGUGUCGAGGGCGAGCAGAGGAAGAAGAGGAUUUUGGUGUGUCAUACGGAUGAACAGUUUGAAAUGGCGAACGAUUGUGCAUCUGAUACCUCGCGUUGGGAGAAGCAGCAUUCUUCGACGGGAUGA